AUGGACCAAUGUUGCAAUCACUAUACUGCCAUAAAUUCUUGUACUUUAAACAAUUUUCCAGUUUAUGAUGAUGCUACAAAUAACUAUUCUUAUACUGGUGACACAAACAUCCACUGUAUAUACGAUAAAAAUAGUAAAAUCGACGAUUGUUUUUAUAUUGGAUUAAUUUUCAAAACUUAUAAACCAUUUAUUAUUAGUUUGGGUCAUAAUACGGGACAGGAUGAUCAACUACAUGUCUAUGCAAACGAAUAUUGGUUCAAAAAACUAUUUUUUGACAACAUUAAUAAUGCUCAAGGUAUUACAAAGCUUGAAAAGGGUAUGAUUUGCGAAUUAUGGUGCAUACAAUCGUAUAAGAUCACAGAUAUUAAAACUGGUAGAAAUAACAAUAGUGACUUAGAAGAAUUUUGGGAAGUAGCGUUGUUAAACAUCGUUAAUGAUCCUAAAGACAUUGAUUAUUUGAUUAGAGAAAACGCCGGUGUAACCUCAAUAAACUCAAUUCUAGAAAAAAUCAACAACAAGAUAAGAUGA